AUGACUGUCACUCCAUCGACCACAGAGGCCGGCAAGAAGCGACCAGCUGAGGAGAUCGCCCAAGAGGCAGAGGAGGAGGAGGAGGAUCUUCGCCGCUAUGGUGAUGCCAGCUAUUGGGAGGGACGUUACAAGGCUAAGAAACAGAGACUGGAUGAGGAGGGGGACAAGACUGACAAGAAGGCGGCUACAGAGGGCGACGAUGAUGAUGACGAUGCCGAUUCAACCGAUGAGUGGCACUUCAGCUUCGAGGCCAUGCGAGAACUGCUGCCUGAGAAAAAGGACAUCACUGUUGUUGAUGUUGGCUGCGGAGUGUCCUCCUUCCUCAAUUCCAUGCGUGAGGCGGGUUAUACAGGUCGGCUCAUCGGCCUCGAUUACUCCCCUAGCGCCAUUGAUAUGUGUAAGGAGAUGUUCAAGGAGGUGGAGUAUCAUAAUAAAGAGGCCGCGGAGAUGUGCCCGGCGAUCGUCAAGCCUGGUGAGGUGGACAUGUUCCUUGAUAAGGCGACCAUCGACGGUCUGCUUGCUGACGAGUCUGGCGCCGAGCAUGUGCAGAAGCUGUGCAAGGCUGAGGGUCAGGCUAUGAAGGUUGGAGGGCAGCUCAUCUGGAGCACCAUGUUUGGUCCAUUCGAGGAGUCUGGUGUUAAGGUUUUGAAGGAGACUAUACUGCCUGGUCUCCUCGCUGGCGACGAAAAGGCUUCCUUCAAGAUAUACUGUUACGCUCUUGACGAUGGAACCGAGGAGAUCGAACUGCCUGGUCUCGAGGGGGAGGAUGAUGGAGAAGGGAAAGAGGAAUCGGCUGAGCAUGCCGAGCCAGGGCACGUGGAAGAGCCCAAGGCUGCUGAGGGCGCUACUGUGGCCUCUGGCGAGAAGGAGGAGGUUGAGGUGGAAGAGGGUGACGAGAUUGACAUGGCGGAGCUUGGCGAUAUCAACGAGAUGAUCAUGCAGGCUUUGGCUGAGAAUGAGACUCUUGCUAUUUGGGCCAUUGAGAAAAUCGAAAAGCCGACUGAUGCUCCCAAGGAUACUGCUCAACUGAUCGAUAAGAUUAUUGAGGAUAUCGAAGUCAAUGUACAAGGCGGUGAUGAUGAUGAGAAGGAGGAGGCUGAGGAGGAAGAGAAGGAGUGAACGCGAUCGAACCCUUGGCUCUAUCGACAGGCGUAUUACGGUGAUCACUGCGAUGAGUGCUCACCAUCUCUUAUCACGUUUCUUUUCUA